AUGGAGGAAUACGGCGCCUGGCCCCUACUGCUCCUAUCACUUGCAGCCUCACUCCUCUUCUUGCUCUACUACCGCACCCAUGGCGGCCGCCGCAAGAACUCAACGCCCCGCAGUGAGGGUAACGGCCGCCGGCUCCCUCCCGGCCCGACGACGCUGCUCUUCGUGGCCAAGUUCCUGUCCCUCCGGCGGUCCGUCUUCGACCUGGGCCCGCUCCUCCGGGAGUUGCACGCGCGGCACGGCCCCGUCAUCUCCCUCCGCCUCCUCUUCGCCACGCACGUCUUCGUCGCCGACCGCCGCCUGGCGCACGCUGCCCUCGUCCAGGGCGGCUCCACCUUCGCCGACCGCCCGCCGGUCGUCGACCCGGAGAGCCUCUUCAGCGCCGGCGGCCGCGACAUCAACACCUCCCCGUAUGGCCCGUACUGGCGCCUCGUCCGGCGUAACCUCGCCACGGAGGCGCUGCACCGUGGCCGCGUCGGCCUCUUCGAGCCGGCCAGGAGGUCGGCGUGCGACGCCCUCGUCACCAGCCUCCGCGCGCGCGCCGACGCCGCCGCCGCCGACACGGUCACGCUGAGGCCGUUCCUGCGGCGCGCCAUGUUCGAGCUGCUGACGCACAUGUGCUUCGGCGCGCGGCUGGGGCGGGAGGCGAUCGACGAGAUCGAGGAGCUGCAGCACCGCAUGAUCCUGUCCUACACCACCUUCCCCGUCUUCGCCUUCUUCCCGGCGGUCACCAAGAGGCUGUUCCGCAGGCGGUGGGCGGCGUACGUCGCCCUGGCGCGGAGGCUGGACGAGACGUUCGUUCCGCUGAUCCACGCCACGCGUGGCGCCGGCGGCGGUGGCAACGACGAUGACCCACCGUGCUACGCUGACUCGCUGCGCGCGCUACGCGUGGCCGAGGAGGGCGACCGGCCGCUCACGGACGCCGAGAUGUCGUGCCUGUGCUCCGAGUUCCUGACCGGCGGCACGGACACGACGGUGACGCUGGUGGAAUGGAUCAUGGCGGAGCUAGUGAACCACCCCGACGUCCAAGCUAAGGUGCACGACGAGGUGAAGAAGAACUCAUCAGACGGCGACCUCCAGCUCCAGGCGAUGCCGUACCUCAAGGCCGUCGUGCUGGAGAGCCUGCGGCUGCACCCGCCGGGCCACUUCGUGCUGCCGCACGGCGUGCGGACCGACGCGGAGAUCGGCGGCUACACCGUGCCUAAGGGCGCCGAGGUGAACUUUCUGGUCGCGGAGAUGGGCCGCGACGAGGCCGUGUGGACGGCGGCGUGCGAGUUCCGGCCGGAGAGGUUCGUGGACGGCGGCGAGGGGCGCGACGUCGACAUCACGGGGACCAAAGAGAUCAAGAUGAUGCCUUUCGGCGCCGGGCGGCGUAUGUGCCCCGGCUACGCGCUGGGCAUGCACCACGCCGAGUACUUCGUCGCGAGGUUGGUGAGGGACAUGGAGUGGCUGCCGGCGGCGGAUGGCGAGGUCGUCGACAUGGCGGAGCAGAUGGAGUUCACCACCGUCAUGAAACACCCGCUCCGAGUUCGCAUCGUGCCAAGGAACUGA